AUGGCUUUCCUUUGGAUUCUCUCCUGCCUUGCUUUCUUUGGCACAGCUUAUGGACACUGUGGGACCCCGGCCAUCAGUCCUGUCAUCACAGGCUAUGCAAGAAUCGUGAAUGGUGAAGAUGCCGUUCCAGGAUCUUGGCCCUGGCAGGUCUCCCUUCAGCAAAGCAAUGGCUUUCAUUUCUGUGGUGGCUCCUUGGUUAACGAAAACUGGGUUGUUACUGCUGCCCAUUGUGGUGUGAGCACAAGACACAAUGUAGUUAUUGGAGAUUACGACAAAUGCACAGCAGAUGGAAAAUCUCAGUCUAUUUCAGUUGCUAAGGCCAUUACUCAUCCUUAUUGGGAUCCAAAUACCAUCAACUACGACAUCACUCUUGUAAAGCUCUCAAGACCUGCUACGUUCAGUCAAUUUGUAUCACCUGUUUGUCUAGCUGCUGCAAAGGACAACUUCAGUGCUGGAAAGCUGUGUGUCACUACAGGAUGGGGGCUGACUAGCUCCAAUGCUUUUAGAACACCUUGUGUCCUGCAGCAGACAUCUCUUCCCCUCUUGAGCAACACCAUGUGCCAGAGAUAUUGGGGCAGCAUGAUCUCUGAUAUGAUGAUCUGUGCUGGUGCUUCAGGUGCUUCCUCCUGUAUGGGUGACUCGGGUGGACCUCUUGUCUGUCAGGAGGGAGGAGCCUGGUAUCUGGUGGGAAUCGUUUCCUGGGGCAGUGGCAAUUGCUCCACAAGGAAGCCUGGAGUUUAUGCCCGUGUGACCAAAUUCCGCAGCUGGAUUGAUCAGACACUUGCCAUGAAUUAA